AUGCUCACGUACCAGACCUACGUGCGCGCCCUGUACGCGCGCCUGCGCUCCCCGCAGCAGUUCGUCCUCCUGCAGGUCCUCUCGAGCGGCUUCCUCAUCCUCCUGACGCCGCUCACCAUGUCGCCGCUCUGGCACCGCGUCUCGCGCGCCCUCAACUUCACCGACCAGUCCUACGCCUCGUACCAAAAGAUCUGCACCCGCAACGUCUUCAUCCGCUCCCUCGCCGAGAACGUCUCCAUGGCCGCCUUCCUCGGCAGCGUCCUCGUCCUCCACUUUGGCGCCAACAAGGACGUCUACCCCUACUUUGCCUUUGACUUUGACGACGACGACUCGGAGCGCUACGACUUCCGGCUCACCUUCUGGGCCUCGUCCGUCACCUGGGCCUGCGAGCUCGCCGCCUCGCUGUGCCUGCGCCUGCUCAUCCGCUGGUGCUACGGCGUCGACGUCGGCAGGGAGGGCCGGCUCGACCUCGCCGUCUGGCCCGAGCUGCUCCCCACGAGCGUCGCCGUCAUGCUGCACGUCCUGCAGAACAUGCUCUUCUCCAUCAUCCGGUUGCAGUUUCAGCUGCAGUGA